AUGGCCUUUAAUUUAACCAAAUAUGCAGUUGGAAUAAUUGGAAAAUUCAAAUCUACUUCUCUCGCAAAUAGCUACAUAUUUUCACCCAAUACACAAAACAUACCGAGUUCUUCAGGAAAAUGUUUCUCUUCCCAAGUGACGAAAAAUUUAAUGGAAUUUUUCGAUUCAGAAGAAAACUGGACAAAAGGUGAAGUGAAAGUUGGAAGAUCUUGGAAAAAAGAAGAAUUAAGAAUUAAAAGUAAUGAAGAUCUUCAUAAACUUUGGUACGUUUUACUAAAGGAAAAAAACAUGUUGCUCACUAUGGAACAUGAAUACAAACAGUGUUAUGAAUCCUUCCCUUCUCCUGAAAGAAUUGACAAGGUAAAAGAAAGCAUGUUUAACCUUGAAGAUGUUGUACGGGAAAGGAACAAAGCGUAUUGGCUCCUGGAAACUGGGCAAACUGGUGAGAGACCAGGAAAAGUAGUUAAUAACCAGCUAGGUCUCCGCUACUUUUAUAAGAUGAAUGAGCACAUAAUCCCUAAAGCUAGCAACAAUAAGUGGUGGAAGAACCGCAAGUUUGGGUUCAACAAUAAAGAAUGCGAUAGGUUCCUGUCUUUUUACAGGGAAAAGAUAUUUCUAGAAAAGAGGAAAGCCAGGAAUCGAGACAAGAACCACGUUCUCGGAUUGCUGAAGAGGUUCCCAGAUAUGGACAUUAACGUCCUUAAGGAACAGUACCCUCAUUUGAACAUCGAUGGAUUGAGAAUGAGCAGGAAGUCUGAUCCUCAUUUAGUUCCCAGUUAA